CCUCCGAAAACAACACCACGUGUGUGUAAGAAAUGAAUGGGUGGCUGUCGCUGAGCUCCACAUUGCACAUCCAGCGGCAUUAAGAGCAGAAUUAGUCGUUUACGGACCGCAGUUUGGGUUUGAACUCCACAGCCGAAUAACGACACCUCCGGAGAAGACUUACACCAUGAGUUUUGUGGAGUACUCAGACUUCAUUCAGGAAGGGGACGUUGCCAUCGUCUACCUGGGCCACGAGUCCAUGAUGCCAGUCAAGGUGCAGCAGGGGGCCCACACGCAGACCCGCUACGGAGUCAUUCGCCAUUCCACAGACCUGAUUGGUAAGCGUUACGGGUCAAAAGUCACCUGCAGCAAAGGCAAGUGGGUCCUUGUGCUUCACCCCACACCUGAGCUCUGGACAGUCACCUUGCCGCACCGCACACAGAUCCUCUACACCACUGACAUCGCCACCAUCACCAUGAUGCUGGAGCUGAAGCCGGGAUCCAUCGUCUGCGAGUCCGGCACGGGUAGCGGCUCCCUCUCCCACGCCAUCCUGCGUACCAUCGCCCCCACGGGUCACCUGCACACGGUGGAGUUCCACCAACAGCGGGCGGAGAAGGCGGCGGAGGAAUUCAAGGAGCACCGCGUAGAUCAUCUGGUCACCGUCAGGAACCAGGAUGUGUGCAAGGACGGGUUCGGAGUGAGCGGGGUGGCAGACGCUGUCUUCCUGGACAUCCCCAGCCCCUGGGAGGCAGUGAGGCACGCCAAGACCGCUAUGAAGAAACACGGAGGUCGGGUGUGUUCGUUCUCUCCAUGUAUAGAGCAGGUCCAGAGGACGUGCGAGGCUCUGGCGGAUCAGGGCUUCGAGGAGAUCAGCACCCUGGAGGUCCUGCUGAGAGUCCACGACGUGCGAACCGUCUCCCUUCCGCUGCCCGACUUUGGCCCAGACCCCUCCGCUCUGACUCAGCCUGACGCCGCGGAGAAAACGCCUCCAACCUCGGCUCCAAGUCAGGCCUCCAUCACCUUGAAGACCACCACCCCGCCCAGAGAAAUACCAGGUCACACAGGGUACCUCACCUUCGCUACCAAACCAAGAACCUAAAGCGAUUUUUCUUUAUUCUCACCACCAGUAAAUAGGAAAAGGUUUAUAAUCCGUACUCUUUGUUUCGCUCCUGUGUUUCCCCCCGCUGGAUACUGCGAUAAUCCAGCGGGGGUACCAGGUUCCUCCAGGUCCCGGUUGGCACUGCAGCACCAAGAGGAUUUGCACUCUUGUGUUACAUAAUUUUGAGCUCCUGUCACUUGGCGCCGGUUUGUUGCUUGCAUCAAGCAAGAGUGAAAAUCAAGUCGACAGCGAUUUCAUUUGAGGAGGAUAUACUUUAUAGCUUUUUGGAUCACGAGUGAAAAGGAUGCCUCCCCUUUUAUAAAAAUCACUUUUUAUCAAUUAUUUGUUGGGGUAGGAACAAUAAAUGUGUGAAAAGAUC